AAAGAAAACAGUCGAUUUCAUUUCACACAUGUUGCGGCUAACGAAUUGCUGUUGUACGACAACUUGCCUUAUUUCAGUUUCUCAUAAUGCUUUAUUUACCCUCAAAAAUUGAAAAUGUCGAAGUGACGGCAACUCUUUUGCGUAGAUCUCAGUAAUCAAAGCCAAGCGCGUCAAAAAUUAAUAUUUAAAAUGAAAAAAUAUGAAAAUUAUUAACGGCAGUUGAUAUUUUGCCUCCACAUGAAAACUUGUAAAAAUAAUUGAGGAAAAUCGUAACAAUUUCGAUAAAAAAAUUUAAUAAUUUUAAAUUGGUUUAAAGCAAACAUCUCAAGUUUGCGCUAUUUUAUCCGUUGGUAAUAAAAUUGCAUCAAAAAAAGUCGACAAUUAUAAAAAAUUAUAGAAAAAAAAAUUAAAAAAAGAACAGUUAAUAUAAUAGCACGUUUGAAGCAAUAAUCCAGAUUACUACGCUAUAAAAAAAAUUUUGAAAAAAAAAGUAAAUGAAUGUGAAAAUAUAAAUUUUGGAGCGAAAUUAACAAUAUAUGCCUUCUGCAUUUAUUUAUGUGCGCGUGUAACACGGUUUCUGAAAAAAAAUAUCCUAAAAAAACGAGCAAUUACAUACCAAAAGGAAUUAAAUUAAAGAUAGACACUUUAGUUUAAUAUCAUAUUAAAGUGGCAGAAAGCAUGGAUAUGCGCAGCUGGAAAAAUAUUCUAUUGCAAUGGAUUUCGGAAUGUGGCUUUGCCGAACGUAACUACUUCAAUUUAGAACACUCCGACAUUGAAAAGUUUUAUACGAACUUUAGCAAGAAGCAUCACAAAAUUGCUUCAGGCAAUUACCCCGAGUUAUGGGACUUUUUGCAACAAUUUUAUCCUGAAUUUGAAGUGAAUCGUGAUGAUGACAAUGGUUUAAGCUCGGCAGAUUACAUUUACGUGUAUACUUUGAUGCUACAUUUUUCAUGUGUUAAAAAUCCGGAAACAUUUUUCCAUGAUAUCUGCCAAAAAUUGCCGAACAGUUCACAGCAAAGUAUGGCUCUGUUUUUUCGUGAAUUGUUGCCAGUGGAAAAAUUGAAUAAAGAGAAUUUACGCCACGCUGUGGCCGAAGUGAUCGCAUCACAUACAUCACCGCGAUCUAGUGAUUCGAUAAGUAGAAGUAAUGGUGGCCUCACACCAGGCGCUAGUAUUAAAGCCGAUUCCCCGUUGAGGACACCAAAACGCAACAUUGGCACACAGCGCAAUUCACCGCUUACUCCGAAAACCCAUCUACUGGAAGAACGAACACGUGAAUUGUUUGCCUUAAGAGCCCAACUUGAUACUGAGCGUUAUGAAAAAGGUCUUUUAGAAAUACAAAUAAAACAAAACGAAGACAAAAUUCUCAAACUGAAUCAAGACCAUAAAAGGUUAAUACAACAAAUACAAGAAUUGAAAAUUGAUGUCCUUAUGAAAACCAAUGAAAAUAAUUCGUCGGUCGAUCGUGAAGGCGAUGAACAUAAUCAGGCGCAAAAGCGCUUACUUAAAGAAAUAUCGCAGAAAGAUAAUGAAAUCAUAAAAUUGAGUGAAACCUUAAGAGCCACAGAAGGAGAUAAAAUUCUUGCAGAAGAAAAGCUCACCUAUAAUGAAAGGCAAAUUGCAAUUUGCGGUAAACGCAUUGAACUUUUGGAAUUUAAAAUCAAUGAUCUUACUGAAGAGAUCGAGAAAAGAGACAAUACGAUUAAAUAUCUGACCGAUACGAAAGUUGAGUUGGAACAAUUCAUUGCUGAGACGCGUGCAGCGGCAUCAAACGCUUCGAUUGAGGUUGAUUCAUCAUUUUCACGCACUUCUGAAGUUUCUAGUGAGUCCACGCCUAUUGAGCCGGAAAAUUUAGCCGUCUCUGUCAUUGACAAGCAGUUGCGUGAAAAGGAGCACGAAAAUGCUCAGUUGCGUGAGGAUCUGCAUAUGCUGAAUGGUAAUAAUAAAUUAUUGGCUGAACAUAUUCAAGAGCUCAUCAAAUUGGAAAUGAAUGAGUUUAAAAUCACUUUGGAUGAUUUGUCUGAAUCUGAUUCGGAAACCGAUAUACCGGCGAAUUGUGAUCCCAUCGCUCAAUUUAAUAUGUUCGCGAGUUGCAUGGAGAAAAUCAACAUACAUCACCAACUUGAGAAGAAUAAGAUCAAAUCCCUUGAACAUGAAAUUAUAGUGUCGCAAAAAGAGAAUUUGGAAUUGGCUCGUAAAUUAGAUUCUGUGCUCGAUGACACGACCUUGCUAAAAAAUGAUCUAAGCGCCUUUGAACAAAACAAUAAAGAGUUGGAGGAAACAAAAGAAAGAUUGCAAAAUUCUUUACGUAAUUGUGAGGCGGAACUGAAACAUUUAAAAGAGCAAUUAGCGAAUAGCGAAAAGAUCAAGGAAAGUUCGACAGAAGAAAUGAAUGCUUUAAAAACGAAAUUACAUCAAAUAGAAAAAAUAAAUGCUGAAUUAACGGGCAGUAACACUCAGUUAAAAGAGCAGUCAGAGGGUUUGCAAAAUAAGUUACAAGAUUUCCAAGAAAAGUGGAUGACUCAGACUAAAUGCUUAGAGGAACAAAUAAAGGUACUCAACGAUCAACUUCAAAAGCAAUAUAAGGAAUUAAAAGUAUUUCAAGACGCGGAGCUUGCUUUAAAAAGCAACUAUGAACAGAUAUUAAUACGUAACGAGCGUUUAAAAGAGAAUUGUCGAGAAGCAACUGAACAUUUGAAUACCAUGCGUAAUGAACUUACGUCGAAAGAGAGGCAAAUGUCAAGUUUGGGUGUGCAAAUAUCUAACUUGACUAUGAAGAAUGCCGAUUUAGAGAAACGUAUCGAUAUAUUAAUGCAAGAAUAUAAACAAGAGAAGCAACAAUUGGAGAAGGAUCAAGAUCAAGGGCUGGAACGUAUUAAGGAAUUGGAUAAUGAAAUUUUUAAACUGAACGAAGAACUUGCACGCUUGCGGAUCAUUCUCGAAAACAGCGAAUUUCAGGGUACCCAUUUAAAACAAACGUUGGAGCAAGUACAAAGAAAAGUAAUCGGAUUACUGAAAUUAUGCUCCGGCAAUUCGAUGCCUAAUAGCUCAGUCGAUACUUUUGAGGAACUGGAAUAUCACAUCAAGUCACUUAUAGAGCAGAAUUCUAUAGCGGCAGCCAGAUUAGAAACACUAGAAGUCACGCAACAGGAAAGUAAUACGCGCUUGAAUGACUUGUUGAAGCAAGUGCAAGAAAAGGAACGCAUGCUUAAUCAGCGCGGUAGUACUUACGAGGAACUGCUCGUUUUAAGGGCGCAAAAUAUUGAAUACGAAGAUAAGAUUGAAAAGCUAAAGGACAAACAGAGUCAAUUCAUUGAGCAAAUUAAGAGUGAUUUGAAUAAAAAAGAAAAUGAGUUGCGUCGGCAGAUGAAGGAGGCAAAAUUAGAACAUGAACAACGUUUGAAGGAGUUAAAUAAGGAAUUAAAAUGUGAAAAAGAACACAAAAAUAAUAAGGAAAGAGAGCUAUUGUUGGUAAUAGCCGAACACAAUGAAGUAAAGAGUAGAUUAAGUAACGCAGAAAAAGAAGUGUGCGCAUUGCAGGAGUUCAAUGGUAGAAUUAGAAUUAACUAUGAACGCUUGCUUAAUUUUGAAAAACGGGUCAUGGAAUGUUGCGAGGAGAAUGAAAGAUUUAAAUUGGAAAUUCAUGCUUUUAAACAUGAAGUUUCUAAGAACGCACAAUAUUUAAUUGAUUCUGACAAAGCUAUAUGCAAACUAAUGGAAGAAGUUAAAAAUUGCGACUACUUGAAAAAGCAAAUUAAGGAUUUGCAAGGCUGUUUGAACCAAGGAAUUAAAAAGAAGGAAAUGGUCGACAAAGUCUUAAUGGAACACAAGCAUCUAUUAGAUGAAAAGGAAAUACAAAUAGGCAAACUGCAGGAACGAUUGAAUGAGCAAAGCCAGGUUCUUAACGCAUAUAAUGAUAAGUUAACUAAAAUGACCACAGAAAAAGAGCGAUUAUUAAGAGAAUCAGCCGCGUUUGUAUCACAAAUUCAGCGUGAACAAGAAGAAAAGAGCAUUUUGCUAUCAUCUCUAGAGAACUCUGCAGAUCAAAUGAGAGCCAACAUUCAAGAGGAAGAGAGCCGCUGCGAAAGUUUGGAAAGACUUAACAAUGAACUCCACUCGCAAUUAGAAUCUCUACGCCAACAAAACGAGAAACUUCGUAAUGAGUUGUCUGAACGUGAGGCCGAAUUUAGAGCGCAGGUUGAAGAUCAAGAACAAAUUAGAGAAGAUUUCCAAGAGAAACUCUCUACAUUAAUGCGAAAAUUGGCUGAAAGCUGUGACGAACUGGAAAACUACGAUAUCGCACUUAUGGAUAUGGUGGUAGUGAUAGGGAAUAAUGUUAACCUGACCGCCCAAAAAGACGAAAUCAAGAAUAUUUUCAAUGCUUGUGACGACUCAUCGGAAUGCAGUGUUAAUCAGUUACGUCAUUGGCUUAAUCGUUUACUUCAUGUUCAAAGUCUCCAAGAAAACAAAAUAGAGCAGCUGCUGCAGCAGGAAGACCAAAAUUUAAAUUCAAAAGAAGAAUUGAUUAAAGAAAAUCAAGAGCUGAAUUCCCAACUAGAGCGAAAUCAAAAAGAAUUACACGAUAUGCGUAAAAAAAUGGAGAAUAAAGAUUCAAUUAUGCAAAAGCGCUUUACGAACGAGGUCGGCCGCUUGGAAGAGGAAAUACUAAGCCUAGGAAAAAUCAACGAGCGUAUAACCAGUGAGAACGGAACACUGCAAAGCCAUAUUAAUCAACAGGAACAAGAAUUUCAAAGCGUAAAAUUGAAGCUUGAAGAAACCACAGUAGACAAGCAACAGCUAACGCAGCAGUUAAGACAAAUAAAAGAAGAAAUGGAAAAAUUACAAGUAAAUUUACAUGAAUGCCAAAUAGUUAGUGAACAGGCAACCAUCAGCUGCGAUAUGUUAGACAAACAAAAUAAAGAUAAGUUAAGUAAAAUCAAAAAUUUGGAACAAGAGCUGGACGAGUUUAAAGAGAAAACCCAGAGGACUCAGUCUAAGCUAUAUGUGGUUCAACAGCAACACAAUAAUAUGCAAAUGGAACAUAAGAAACUGCUCGAAAAAUUUAAACAACAACAAACCGUUUUGGACACAUUAGAGGCUGAAUUGGCUGAUAAGAGCAAAGAAUUACUGAAUCUGGAAACCAAAAUAACUGGGAUGGAGAACCAACAUAAAGAGUUAGAGAAAGAAAUAGCUUUUACGAUUAAAAAACUGGAUGAAACGGUCAACGACAAAUUAAAUGCCGAAUUGAAAUGCGAACAGCUGCGUUCGGAGGUCCAACAAUAUGAAAGAGAUAUUGCAUUCCUUAAGUCGCAACAACAAAAUUUCAUAGAUGAAAAUAAUCGUUUGUGCAGUGAUCUCGCGGCUAUUAAGGCCGACAAGGUCUUAUUGAGAGAUGAGAUUAAAGACCUUAAAGCGGAUUUACUACGCGCAAAUGAAAAUGUUUCACAGCUCAUACAACAAAUUGGAUCGAUAAGAAUGGAAAAAGAAGGUGUUUGCGAGGAGAAUCAAUUGCUACGUAAGCAAUUAGAAGAAGUCGGCAAACAUCAUACUACCUCCGAAGCGAGAUUAAAGUCUUUCAUUGAGCGCUGUCAGUCCUUGGAACGUCACCUUCUCGCCAGUGAAAAUGAAUUAAAAAAUUCCAAAACAAGUUUAGAAAAGAGCGAGACGAAUAUCGAGAAAUUAACGAAUGAAAAUAAAAAGGUCCGUGAAUCUCAUCAGGCGACCACCAAGCGGGUUGAAAAGAUGGCUCUGAAAUUGGGCGACGCUCAGGCACGCAGCAUUAAACUCGAAAGAGACAAUGAAAAAUUGUGCAAGACAUUGGAGGCGAAUUCAGCAACUGUGGAGGCGUUGCAAAAGGAGAAAGAUUUGCUGCAAAGCGAGGCUAGAGCUCUAAAAGAGCGACUUUCGCGUGCCGAAAGGGGCCAUGAGCAGCUGCUUACUAAAGUACAAAAUCUCGAGCAUAUAAAUAGGACAUUACAGGAUGCCAAACAAAAAUUAGACGCGUCUGAAUUAGAUGACAAAUCAAAAAUAAACAAACUUGAAAAAGUGCGCGAAUCGAAUGAGGAGAAAGUACGAAAACUUACCGCGUCGCUGAAUAGUAGCGAACAUUCCAAUGUCAAACUUAAUUUGGAAAUCGGUGGCCUGAACUCGCAAUUGCAAAAACUUAAUUCGGAGCUUUCCGCCGAAUAUAACGCGCAAAUUGAACAAAUUCAGCGGCAUCUAUCUGGGGCCCAAGAGCAGGCGCAGAAAUACGCGGAACUCAAUCAGAAUUUGACAAUUCAAAUUGACGAACUUCAAGAUGAAAAUGCGAAAAUUAACGAGCAAUUGUCAAAGGUUUCGUUGUCAAUGAGCAUUAGUAAGGAGCGUUGUGAUAAAUUGUGCACCGAAAUGGAACAAUUGCGAGCUGAUUUACUGGUAUUGCGGGAGGCUAAGGCUAAAGUAGAACGGGAACAGGAAAUUAUAAAGCAAAGUCUAAAAGAGAUGCACGCCCGAAACGAACAGUUAAUGCGUGAACGUAACAGUUUGGCCGAAAGUUUGGAAUCACGUAUCGAUUUAUUGGAGGACCAAAUCAAACAAAAGACCAAAGAAGUAGAAAAUCUGCAGAAUGAACUAAAGCAACUGAGAGAAAAGGCGGUAACGCAAAGUUCAGAAUUAAUAGAAGGCAACAACGUUACAGCGACCAGUGCACUCGAAUUGGCAGAAUUGCGUGCACGCCUCUCUAACGUGAAUGAGGCUCUUGAAAAGGAGCAACAAUUAAAUGAACAAUUGCGUUCCGAUAACCAAUUGCUGCAUGGUAAAUAUCAGGAAGCAAAAAAGCAUGUUGCUGAAGCGACAGCCCACAGUGAAGAACGCAUUAAAGGAAAUCGUUUGGAAUUGGAGAAGAUACUGGAAAAGAUGAAAGCCAAAAUGAAAACGCUCUAUAUAGAAGAUGUUACUAAAAUCAAGAAGAGGCACGAAAAUGAAUUGGCCACCUUGAAGGCGGACAUCGAAACAUAUAAGGCACAGAAUGCGAAAUAUGAGGAACACACGCGUAAGCUUUCCACACAAAUUGUUCGCUUAAAUGAAAAUAUUUUAGAAUGUCAAAAGGAGAACACGAUAUUGUCGACAAAAUUGAAACAUAUUAGGGAUCAACAGCCUUCAGAUGAAAAGGAUUUUGAGAAAAUGAAACGCCCCAAUACUAUUCAAGUAUCGACGGUAUCAUCUAAUACAACGACAGGGAGAGCGUGUGCUUCAAGUUUGGGUAGUAAUUUGGCUAUGGAAGAUGAAGAGGGUGAAAUAUUUAAUAAUACAUAUUUAACCGAUUUGAAAAUGGGACGCAUGUCCGAUUACAUGAGCCGAGACGUAUGUGUCGAGGAAUUGAAACAUCGCAAUUCAAUGCUGCCGCCGCAUUUGCGUAGUACUUAUGCGGCACGAUUUGAUCACGAAUUGACCGAAGAUGAUUUCAAAGACUGUGGUUCUCAUAGUUUUGAUGAUAGUACGAGCGCUUUGUUAAACACUGCUGGUACGCGUAAAAAAUGUUCGGGCGUUACGCAUUAUAAACGCCCAGGACCACCUACCCCUAGUAAGAAUGGCGGACGUUUAUCGUUCGGAGGGUCGUCUAUUGGUAGCAACGCGGAACCUUCUCGAGAAAUUUUAAAGGAGUCGAAUGGGGAUAAUAAUGCUGGGUCAAACAUUGCCACUAAAACGCCGGCACGUUUUAAUAUAUUUUCCUCGCGUUUUAGCUUGGGUAACAGUGUGCGCGAUGAGAAUAAUACUCGAGAUUUGAGGAAGGCCUUGCAAAAGAAAAACGCCAGAGGCGAUUAUCAAAGCAGCGAUAAAGUCGAUGGUCGUGUGUGGACUUCAACGCCGCGUAAAAGUAAAAUACACUUUGAUCAACGACGCUUGUUGGAUCAAUUGAUAAGUUCUUCCCCAUCCCCCUCGCCAUUGGCUAUAGACCCACCAAAAAAUACACUGAAAGAGCCGAAGAAAAAGUCAUCUAAUUUGAUUUCUAGCGCAACACCGCUAAAAACGUUUGGGAAAAUAACAAGCAAUGCGCGGGAUUUAAGGCUUAGGCAAAAUUCUAAAUAUAUUAGAGCAAAACUCAAUUAUUCAAAAUAUCGCAAUUCUUCGGCAUUCAAAUCGCGGCUUUCGAAGCAUUUGCAAAAGUUGUGUACGCCCACCAGCAGUGAAAGUACAUCAUCGGCUCCUUCAAGCGCUACUCCAUAUGAACAAGCGAAGCCGACGAAUUAUUUAAAAUUAUUGAAUGCAGAAAUGGAUGAAAAAGUACGUUUUGAAAAUCGCUUAAAACAAUGUUCUAAACGUGAAAAAGGGAUUCGACCCUCGAUUUAUCUGACCGGUAAUAUAUUCGCCAAAUAUCGUCCAAAGCGUCGAGGCGAAAAACAGCAAGAUUUGCAACGACAUAAGUCACGCAAUCAAAGGUUUGAUGACUUUAAUCGUUUUCGUAGAUUAAAUUCAACAUCCAUCAAUCAAACCGAGGAGCAUCAUGCGGCCUAUAAUUUGAAGGAAAGCAAUAACAAUAACAAGCAACGCAAUAAGAAAGAGUUUAAGAAAGAUGUAACAAAAAAGUCGCUACUCCAGCAGACAUAUGCACAUUAUGACGGCGAAUGUUUAUGCGCUACAAAAGAUGAAGAAAAAGAAGAUAAUAAAAUUGGUGGAGUUCUUUGCCACAACGAAUUGAUAACUAGUCAAGAUCUUGAAAAUUUCGAUCAGUUUGUUGCAAUUCAAAACCGUCAACAAUGUAGGCACCUUCUUCUACAAGAGAAAUCAGACAAUAGUGGUAGCCGGCAGUUCGAAGAAUUGUUAACACAAACCGUUUCUACAGCUCCCUUUCAGGUCGAUAAUUUACAAUUUAAGAACCAUGACACUUUUACGGCCGUAGAUUACGCUUCCAGUUCGGACGCAAACCCUUCAAUUUUUGAGCACGAAACUAGCGGAGCCAGCAUAUCGACGACUACGCCUCAUUUAGUAUCGACAUUGCCCGAAACAUUUACACGCACCAUUUAUGGCAGCCAUAUAAUAUAUAAUCACCGUUUACCACGGAUUAAUACAACAUUUGCACGGAAAUCGUCGAUUUAUGUGAAGAAUAAAAUGAAUUCGUCCAAAAGCAAUGAUAUCAUAUUAAUAACCGAUCAAACUAUAACGCUUGCCGAUUUAUUGCAAAUGUGGAAUCAGAUGGAUAAUCUAACAAAGUUUAUAUUAUGUUUUGCUGCAUUAGCCUCGUUAUUUGCCCUGGCCAUUGUUGCCUCGCCGUUUCUUAACAAGCGUUAAUUUAAGCAUUGCUAAGUUUGUACAUGAAUGAAAACUUUUUUGCCUCUAUUUUUUUUUUUUUUUUUCUUUAUUU